CGAUUUUUUUAUUUGAAAAUUUUCUUAUUGUCGGUUAUUUUGGUGACUGUAUGUUUAUGUAUCGCAGCACAAUACAAAUUUGAAACGCUUACUUUGCUGACUCUUGCAGUAUUUUGAUCAUGCCUUUGUGAAAGUUCGUUUUCCGUUCAAGGAAUAAGUACUGUUUGUAAAUGUGUGUAUUAAACGGAGAGAAAUGAGUGACAACAUAAAAGUUGUUGUCAAAGUUAGGCCGCUGAUUUCUCGCGAAAUAGAGGACAAGCUUUCGUUCCAAUGGAAAGUAAAAAACAAUGCGCUGUAUCAGCUGGACGCCAGCGGGAAAGAAUCUGGAGUACAAUACACGUUCGAUAAAGUAUAUGAUGUGAAAACCAAGACCGAAGAUGUCUACAAAGAUGUUGCCAAGCCAAUUGUGGAGGCAGCAAUUGCUGGCUUCAAUGGGACUAUAUUUGCCUAUGGGCAGACUUCCUCAGGAAAAACCUACACUAUGUCUGGAACGGAGACUUCUCCAGGCAUCAUUCAGUUGGCUGUGCUGAAUUUAUUUGAACAAAUCAAAUGCAUUCCGGAUAGAGAUUUCCUGGUUAGAGUUUCAUUCAUAGAAAUUUACAAUGAAACACUAAAGGACCUAUUGAACUGUGAGAAUGACAAGAUUAAGGUCCGAGACACCCUGCAGGGUGUCAAGGUGGAUGCCACAGAGAAGUUCACAUCUUCUCCAGAAGAAGUCCUAGAUAUUAUGAAAGAGGGUGAGGCAAACCGACAUACUGGUGCCACAAAUAUGAAUGAAGAAAGUAGCAGGUCUCAUUCAAUAUUCCAGAUUACGAUAGAAUCUCGAGAGCACACAGAAGACGAGGAGACAGCGGGCUGCGUGAACGUGUCGCAGCUGAACCUUGUGGACUUGGCGGGAUCCGAGCGCGCCGGCCAGACUGGCGCCACCGGCAAGCGCUUCAAGGAGGGCACGCACAUCAACAAGUCACUGUCUGUGCUGGCCCUGGUCAUCAAGCAGCUGUCUGAAGGCUCGCAAAAACACAUAAACUACCGAGACAGCAAGCUUACGCGUAUUCUGCAGAACUCGCUCGGCGGAAACGCGAAGACCAGUAUCAUAUGUGCCGUUACCCCCGCCGCUGUUGAAGAAACGAUCUCCACCUUACAGUUCGCGAAUAGAGCUAAAGCAAUCAAGAACAAGCCGGAAGUGAACGCAGUGGCCACGGAUGCUACAAAAUUACAGGAUUUAACCAAGCAACUAUCCAAGUUGCAGUCGGAAUUGGCUAUCAAAAAUCAUAUUGAACAAGACAACCGUAAGCUUUUGAACAAGAUAGAGAGCCUCCGGAAGAUGAUUCUGAACGGUUUCGGCGCUCGCAGCGUGCCGGGCGGCGCGCGCAGGAAGACGUGGUGCGCGCCGCGCCGCGCCACCAUCUCCGCCGCCGAGCUGCGCCCGCCCGACGACGCCGCCGUGCAGAGGUUCUGCACACCCAGCCUCAAGUACAACCCUUCAGCGUUCCCUACUCCGCGAGAGUUCCAACCGAUCCAGCGGGCGAGCCAGCUGCCGCCCGUGUCGGAGGAGAGGGCUAUGGUGACGCCGCCGCCCAAAGACAAGAAGGUUAACUUUAGCGACGAGAUUAUCGACCUUGAUAGCGAUGAAGACAACGCAUCUAACACUUCGCGUUGUUCACCAUACCACAAAUGCUACAAUGCAUCGAAAACACCUCCUUGUGUGUUAAGGAAGAAAGCAAAAAUUGCAGAAAACGAUCUUAAGGAUAUCGUAGAGUUAACGAAACGAGAAAAACUUUACAAUCCAGAAGUGGUGGAAUAUAUGGAGAAACUAGAACAAAGCACAAACAAAAUAUCCAAGUUGGAAGAUGAAAUUAAGACACUCAGUGCCAUAAACAUAGAAAAAGACACAGAAAUGGAAAUAUUAAAGGACAAGAUAACGCAAACUAAAAAAGAAUUUCAGACCUUUACAUCUGCUAAGGCGGAAUUAGAAACACGAUGUAAAGAGUACAAUACCAAAUUGACUGAUUUAGAAGUAAGUUAUGAAACUCUCAAAACAAAAGCCAAAUUAAGAGAAAAUGAGCUGUUAUCCCUAAUAAAUGAACAAAAUAGUAGCAGAAAAAUUAAAGACAGCAUUUCAGGUAAAUCACUGUCUAGAACAUUUGAAAAAGACCUCGGCAAUUUUAUGGAUAUGUCUAAAGACAUAUCUUUGGUAAGUGACAAUGACAGCAGUAUAGAUUCAUCUAGUAACGAGCCUUCAGGUCAACUGCAGCGGCUGGUAGAUGAAAUGCGAACUGAUAGCAACGCGAAAACUGAUGUUAUUGUUAAUUUAGAAACUGAUAUUUUACAAUAUAAACUAAAAAUUGAAUCACUCGAGAGUAUCUGCACAGAAUUGCGUGACCAAAUUGUCAAAACAAAUGCCCUUUUAAAAUAUACUGAAGAGGAGAAUAGUCUUCUAAAAUCAUCUAUAGAUACUUUAAAUUCUACUAUAAAUUGCCAAAAACAAAACUUAGAAUCUGCGAAUAGUGAUAUCGAAUCAUAUGAGAUAGUUGUCAAAGAGUUACAAACUAAAUUAAUGGACAAAAAUAUUGACAAUGUUGAUUUCUAUUCUAAUGAUAUUUCUUUAGAAAGAAUGAUUGACAACGAAGAAAAAUUCAUAGCUAAUAAUGAAAAUAUGAGAAAUAUUAUACAUUCAUUUAAAAAUGUCCUUGAGUCACGCAACAAAGAGAUUGAACAAUUAAAGUCGAAUCAUAUUGAAACAUGUUCUUCUGAUACUGAGCUGUUGACAAAACUACUCGAAGAAAAAGAAAAAGAGAUCAUGAAGCUCAUUGAAGAAGCACAUACGUCGAAAGAGCAAAUACAGGAAAACAUAAAUAUGAUAAACAAACUAAUGGAAGAUAACAAAGAUUUGGUCAAAAAUACUGAUGAACUCUCUGAGAAGUUAUUGAAUGCUGAAAAACAGAGUUGUGAAUUAGAGAAAUGUAUUAAGAAUUUAGAGAAAGAAAAUUUCGAAUAUACCCAUCAGUUACGCGAUUUCAAUGAGAAUCAUGAAAAAUUACUCAAUGCCGUCUCUGAUAAUGAAUUAUUGAAAAAACGACUUGAAGAAAAAGAGGAAGAGAUUAUAAGACUCACUGAAGAUGCAACUAGUUCAAAACAGCAAAUACAGGAAAACAUAAAUGUUAUAAACAAAUUAAUAGAAGAAAAUAAGAACUUGGCCAAAAAUGCCGAUGACCUGUCUGAUAAAUUACUGCAUGCUUCGUCUGAUACAGAUUUACUGAAAAAACAACUUGAAAAAAAAGAAGAAGAAAUUAUCAAACUCGUUGACGUCUCACAUAACACUAAAGAACACAUCCAGGAAAACAUGAAUGUUAUAAAGAAAUUGAUGGAAGAUAACACGGACUUAGUCAAAAAUGCAGAUGACCUCUCCAAUAAAUUAUUGAAUGCUGAAAAACAAAGUUGUGAAUUAAAUAAACGUGUUAUUGAAUUAGAGAAAGAAAAUCAAGAAUAUACCCUUCAGUUACAAGAGCUUAACGAAAACCAUGAUAAAUUGUUGACAAACUUAACUGAAUUUAAGAACAACAUAAGUGUAUUAGAGAAAGAAAAUGAUGGAUAUCAAGAACAACAGCAAAAAGUUCACAGUAAAGACAACCUUAUAGAUGAAUUAAAAAGCGAAAUUGUAACGAAAGAGAGUCUUAUAAAUUCCCUUAGUAGCGAGCAAGUAGAAUAUAAGAAUUAUCUAAGCAAAUGGAAAUCCUCUGUAAAGAGAGUACAGCUACUUUUGUUGACACAUAUAGCAGACACGAAUGAAGAGGAAUUGUUACCUGACAACGCAUCUACUUUCGACGAGCUUUACAGCCUAUUAGACUCGGUCGCAAAUGCCGCUAACAAAAUCAUAUCUGAAAAAGAAUCAACGAUGAACAAUUACAAUAAACUGCAGGUAGAAAUUGAGGAACUCCGAUCACAAGUGAAGUCUUUAAUUUGUGAUAAUAGCAACCUUGUAGAUGAGAAAGAAAAACAAACUCAUCUCGUUUCUGAACUAACCGCAGAAAUUGAAGACAUUAAAAAGGAAUUACAUGAACUUAACAAACAAAAUUCUGAUCUUAAUGAAGAACUGCAGCUAACCAGUGAAAGGUAUGAAAUUUUAAACCGUGGUAUUAUUGAAAAAGAAGAGUUAAUAACUUCAAUAAAAAACGAAGAAAAUAAUUUGCGUCUGCAGUUACAAAAAGUCUUACAAGUGGAUGUGGUAUCCAGAAGUGAAGUAGAAAGCCUUAAGUCUACAGUUCACAAUAGUCAAACUGAGUUCGAUGAAAUUUUACAAACUAAGAAAGACGAAAUUGCAAACUUAAAACGUGACCUUACAGAGAACGAGAAGCUGUUAGAUGAAAAGCGUUUAGAAUUGCAGCAGCUUUCCAAAAAACUUGAAGAAACAAUAUGUAAUCAAGGUUGUCUUUUAGAUAACAUAUAUAAGGCCGCUGCUAGUUUGUUAAGAAAUAUAGAUAGCCAAAGUGACGUAUAUCAAUUUGAAAGUAUUAUUAGUAGUGAUGUUUACAGUAAAAUAAUUAAUAUUUUGGAGAGGGCUACGAAUGACGUCGUGGUGUCAAAAUCUAACAACUUAACCAAUAAUACUGAAGAAAUCGACGUAACCAUGGAAUUACUUGAAGUAAUGAAAGAACAAAAUCAACAACUAAUAAGUAAAUUAUCCUAUACAGAAAACGAAAAUAGUUGUUUAAUGGCUGAAUUAGAACAAAUGAAAAUAGAUCACAAUAAAACAAGCGUUGACUUACUGAAAAGUAAUGAAAUACUAAGACAACUUCAAACAGAGUUGAGAGAAAAAGUCUUUAUGAUAGAAAAUUUGGAAUUGAAAAUUGAAGAAUGGAAGAAUAAUUUCUCCGUAUUAGAGGACGCAAUGAAGCAACAACUAUUGGAAUUACAGUUCAGCAACAGUGAACUUGAGCUACAAUCACAAAACUCGGCGAAAAGAUCUCUAUCGAUAAAAAGUAAUGAGCCAUUUACUGUUGGGCCAGACUUUAGUGACCUAGAAGGGGAUCAGAAACAGUCAAUUCGUCGAUCUGUAAGUAAUUUAUUAGUUGAGCCAGCUAAUUACUCACCACAAAGCCUGUUAACUUUAUGCUGUAACCGAAUCAUAGACGCUAUUCAGCCAAGUGAAGCGGAGCUGAAUUCAGUUUCAAGUUCUGCUACCAAUUUCAGAACUACAUGUGCUGAAACACAAACUGACGUCUGCGACUGUGACAAAUUGUUAACGGAAAAAUGCAUAAUCUUAGAUGAAAACUUGGAACUAAAGGCUAAAAUGGAUUAUCUAGAGGGUGUUAAUGUUAACUUAUUAAAAGAACAAGAAGAAAUUCGCACAGAACUUAAGUUACUAAUGGAACCUGCACAUGAGUUGCAAAAGAAAAUUUCUAGUCAUAAAACAAAUUUAUCAACCUUAACCGCUACAACAUAUGCUGAAAACAAACUGCUUAAGUCUCAGGUCAAAGUUUUGCAGCAUCACAAUAAUCGAAUCUAUAAUGUGUGCCAGAGAGACUUGCCUGAGUUUAAAAAAUCAUUACAGGAACUAAGCUCAAUAUUGAAAAAUACUGCUUUGGUAAAUAGGCUGGAAGCUAAUAUAAAAAGAUUCUCUCUGCCGGAAGUUUUAGACAGAAAUAGCUCUGCUUUCAAAGAUGAAUCUACUUUAGACGGAGAUCUUUUGAUGCUAGACACUAAUGUGACGUUAGCAUCUGUCGACAACACUUUACUGGUCCAGGACCAGACCUGUUUAGACGGCACGCAAGUAUAUUUUGAAACCGAAAUUAAUACUGACGUAAUUGAAACUAUAGAUCCUAAUAUAUUACACACGCAAUUACAAAUGCUUUCGGUUGAAAAUGAAAAAAUGUCAGAAAAGUUAACCGCAUUAAAAGCAGAAAAUUUUUCACUGCAUGAAAAAAUCGAAAAACUUUCAAAUAAUGUGAAACCUGUUAUUCAUAAAAUUGAUGCUCAAAACAGUCCAAUCAAACUUCACAGUGAUUUACAUGAUGUGACACAAGAAAUACUUGUCAAUAAUCAUCCAAACAGUAACUUGUGCGAGUAUUGUAUGAAUGGCAAAAUUAAGCCGAACUACGAAAAUAUGGCUGAAGAUAUAGAAAAAAUGACACAAGAAUUGCUUGAAGUUAAGCUACAAAAAUCAGAUUUAGAAGAAAGAUAUAACAACCUUAAUGAAGGCAUUUUAGCCAAUGAUCGAUUAGCUUUAAAAAUCAUUGCAUUGGAAAAGGACAAUAAUAAACAAUUCAACUUGAUAGAUCAGUUAACAAAUAAGCUUUCCUCUAAAAAUGGAGAAUGUGUUAAGCUGCAAGAGGAAAAUGAUGUUCUUUCAACACAAGUAAUGGAGGCUAUUGAUGAAUCUGACGAUCUAAGAAAAGAAGUUGAGACUUUAAAAGAGAACAAUAAAGCGUUAAGUGUUAAAUGUGCUGACCUAGAAGAAUUGAUCAAAGGUAACACCGUGACGUGUACACGAUGUGCUCAAAAUACCAGCGCUCCUGGUAGUCCAUCGGCAUCUAAAUCAGUGCUAAAUAGGAGUCGCAGUGAUUCUGAGAGUUCUUCGCGUUGCAAUAAGUUGUCUACGCUUCAAAAUGAACUUAUGGCUGGCAGAGAAGAUUGUAGAACUAUAUCAGAGGACGUAGCUACCAUUAAAAGCCACCUCGAACGUGGUGAAUUAUCCAUGACUCAUGACAUGGAUCUCGACGAGAGUAUGAGAGAAUCUAACGUCUUCUCAUUUUCGAAAGAAUUACACGUAGUUAGUCCAAAGCCUAAUAAAUUCAAAUUAGCAUCUGAAAUACCUGAAGAACGGUCUGUUGACUUUUAUGCUCUGGAUAAAGCAGAUUGCUUUAAUUAUUACAUAGAGAAAACCGGUGCCGAAAACCACUGUACUGAGGAAAUAAAAAUAAUCGAUAUAAUGAAAAUGUUUUAUGAUAACCUUGUUGCAAGACAUGGGAACGAAGUGGAAAACCUUGUCAACAAAUUAAAAGAUUUUGAAGAAUCUAGAAAUCAGUUACAUGAAAAAAUUAAUGAAGUUACCUUUGAGUAUUCUAAAGUUAAUGAGGAAAUAAAAGAAAAAGACAAUCGCCUUGUUAGCAUAGCUCAUACGCUACAACAAAUAAGGGAUAAUAUACAUUCUAUGAAUGAAGAAAUAUCUAAUUGUGAUGCGGACAAAAAUACAGUAUUAGUUACGCAGUUCAAAAACAAUAUCUUGAGUAUCAUGGAUAAAGACUUCGACAUAUCCAGUGUAAAUGUAUUUGAAAACCUUAUAGACAAAGUAGUAAACAAACAUAAAAGUGACUUGUUAGAAAUAAUGGACCGGUACUCGGAGCUACAGGAACACAUGGAGCUUCUAACCACAGAAUUUAGUAGUGUUACUGAUAAUCUUAAUCAAAUGAAAUGCCAGCUAAGUGAACAGGAGAAAGAGUACAAUCUGCUCAAAGCGCAGAAGGAAAAAGUUCACGAAAUCACUAGUGCAGUUACUCUGGAUAUAGUUCAAAGAGAACAGGAUCUAGCUAAAUUAAUUAGCAAUAGCUGCCAGAAACUAAUUGAGAGUAACAUUUUGACACAGAAUGACAUUGACGAAAAUUGGUCAGUAAAUAGAAAAAUAUCAAUUUUGACUGAAAAGUUUAUAGAUCAAUCGAAUCAAAGAGACAUAGCUUUGCAAGAAAAACACAACCUUGCUCUAGAAGUUACAAAAUCUAAGACUAUGUUAGAAGAAAAAGACCAAGAAAUAGAAUAUUUAAAGUCUCAAGUUGAACAAUUACGUGAGCUCUGCAAAAAUGCUACAAAUGAGUUAAUUAUUAAAAACGAAGACCUAGAAACUCUGAAAUCAUUACAUGAGCAACUUGAUGCAGUUUACAAAAGAAAAGUAGAGGAAAAUGACGCCAAUGUUAAAACUGUAGAAAUCUUAACGCAAGAAUUAGGUAUAUUAAAGACUACUGUGAAUGAAACAGACAGUUUACUACAGAAUUUGCAGCUCCAGAAAACCGAACAAAAUACUAACGAUUCUGGAACUAAAGCUAAAAUCGCGGAGCUAAUGGAAUCUAUAAACAACUUGCAACAUGAAAACAAGAACCUAAGGUCAGUUAAUGACGUAAUCACAAAUGAAAGCGAACAGAACGCUUUACAACUAGCUAAAGCCGAUGACACUAUAAAAAAGAAUAAAUCCGAACUAGAUAAAUUAACUGCCGAAAUACUAACUCUGAAUCAGUCUAUGAAGGAAAGCAUGAGCGUAAUCGAGGGUUUGAAAAUGGAAGCUAAGUCGCUGUUGGAACAAAAUGCCGUGUUUAAAAAACAGUUUGAGGAGGCCACUGAACUCUGCUCUCGAUUGAAGUUGAAUAUGAAGACCCAUGAAAAGACGGCUGAGAUACAGUGCAAGAUAAUAAGCAGACUCAAAGAAGAAAAGGAAACAAAGGAUAAAGAGUUAAAGGAGUUGUCCCAGCGCUGUGAAACUCUGCAAAAAGAACUUGAAUCACUCACUGAAGACAAGAAGGAGCGUCAGCAAGAAUUUCAAGAUUUGAGAGAGGCGAAGCAAUCUUUAGAGCGACGCGUCAUCGAGUUAGAGAGGUGUGUGGAGUCUACGCGGGCGCGCGGCUCCCUGUGCGGCACGGGCGACGCGCGCCGCCGUCGCCAGAGCCUGCUCGACUCCAAGCGGGUCAUCGGAGAUGACAAAGAACCUGACCACAAGAAAAUGGAAGCCUACUUCAGUACGCAGGAGAAUCCUGACGACAUGUUUAUGGACGUGGAUGACCAUUCCAACCGCAGCACUCCUGCCAGAAAUAGGAGAUCUGACAGCUUCCAAUCUCGACACGACGAGAGCGAAGAGUUACCGCGGCCGUCGAGCGCGCAGGAGCGACGCCGGCGCCGCCAGAGCCUGCACGACAUGCACCGCACCACGCAUAUUGAUAUACAAGAACCCAUGAAACCGCUGAAUGAGCUCAAGACCAACGGCGGCGAUCAUGACAGUGAAGUAGCAUCGCUGAAAGACCGUCUCCAGCUCUGCCAGCAAGAGUUAGAAGAGCUAAGAGAGAGGUACCGUGAAGUGGAUGAAGAGUGCGAGAUAUGCGCCGAGUACCUGCGAGAAAGGGACGAACAGUGCACGCAGCUAAGCGCCAAGAAUAAAGAUUUACAGCAACAAAUCGCCACGCUGAAUGACAAGCUGCAGAACGCGAGUAUCGUCCGCGGUCAAAAGGACGCGCAACGCAGUUUCUCAAACGCUUCAGUCAACACGGAUGAAGACUGGGCGAACCUGCACUCGGUGGUGGUGGACCGAAUGUCGUUCGACCGCGAAGUGGAGAAGAACAAGGCGCUGCAGCGCUCCGUGGACGAGCUGCGCUUCAAGAACAGCGAGCUGAAGGCGGCCAUCGCCAAGACGCACAAGGCCGUCGAGCGCGCCGCCGCCAACAAGGCCAACUUACAGGAGCUGGAAGCAACCAAGCUAGAGUUGGAGACAUGCAAGCGUGAGCUGGAAGAGUACAAGGAACGCUGCAGGGAGCUCGACGAGGAGUGCGAGACGUGCGGCGAGUACCUGCGCGAGCGAGACAGCCAGCUGUGCCGGCUGCAGGAGGAGAAGGACGCUCUAGAGGCUAAGCUCGCGGCGCUGGUGGAGAGAGAGGCCGGCAGCAAGGUGCAGUCGGUGCGCAAGAAGCGGCAGAGCGCGCACGACCACAACCGCCCCGCCGCCGCCGCCGACACCGACACCGUCACCGGCGCCGAGCUACACCUCGAAAACGACAACUCGAAGACAAUCAACGAAUCGUUGCAAAACAAUGAAAUCGUACAGCUCAAAACGGCGCUGGAGGCGGUGUCGCGGCAGAAGCAGGCGCUGGAGCAGCAGCUGCGCGCGCCGCCCGUGCUCGUGGCCACCGGCAGCGCCAUCGUGCAGAACCAACACUUAACUGAAGUAAUUAAAGAAAACCAGAAACUGAAAAGGAUGAACGCCAAGUUAAUAACCAUCUGUAAGAAGCGAGGCAAACCCCUCGGCGAGUCCAACCGCGAGAACGAUGACCCCGCGGAGCUGGCGUAGACUGUGAGUCUCGACCGGCAUUAUGGUGCUUAGUAUUAUAGUUGGAACAAAAUAAAUGUUACUAUUUUACCAAUGUCUGCGUCAAAGGCGCCCAUUCUUUUAGUAUGUACGACGGGGUUCGAGGCUCCUGACUCAAGAAGCUGCGAAUUAAGUUGAGAAUAUCUUCUGGCAAAGUUGUUUAUUGUGAAUAAACGAAAAGAAAUGAAGCUAUUCGUUCAAAUAUAAAUCAGUAGCAGUAUUUUAUUAGUGUAGUUUUUUAUUUUAUUUUAUGCAGUAUUUUAUUUUUGUCGCACAACAUUUCGAGUUACUAUAGCCUCGUCGUAUUUAUUUCACAUUUUAGUCACAAACUUAAUUAUAUGAUACUCAGUUGCGGCCCUUUGCCGCGUUUGUACAUUUCUAGCAAUUAUAUCUUUAGUAUGAUUUUGGUAUGUCCAUAUUUUACAUUUUAAUCCGUAAUUUGAAGUAGCAAAAUUAACACGUUUGUAAUUGAUAUUAUACACCGUGUUUUUUUUGAUUUCCGUUAAUUUCAAGGGUGCAUUCCUGAGCUUAAAUCAAGUAACUUUCUCAAAGACACCGAUAUUCUAAUUAACUCCAUUUCGGAGAUAAUCCAUAAUUUAUUUUUUUCCUAUAAGGCCUCUACAAGUGUGUACACUUGCCUUAGGGCCGGCUUACAUAUUGAUUAGUGUUUAGAAUGAGUUCAUACAUUUGCUACUAAACUUAAGUACAAUCUCGGUCGAUUGAUGUAUGAAAUGACAUUGAUAUGUCACAGAUUUCAAUUGUUUGGUUGAGUUAAAUGUAAUGCCCGUGUUACAACAACGCUAUAUGCUACAUUUAAUUACUUUUUAAACAAAAAAAAAAACAAAAAAGAAAACAAAAAAAAAUUUUAUUUUUGAAAGUUAACUAUGCCAUUUAGUUCUUAUAAACGUACUUAACUAUACCCCGAAGUUAACGGAAUUCAAUAAAAACACGGUGUAU